AUGACAAGCGUUCCAAAACAUCUUAAAUCUGGUUCGGUAUGCCCACCAUUACAAGAAAAUCAAUUACGAUUAUAUGGCAUGCGUUUUUGUCCGUAUGUUCAACGAGCUAAACUUGUUUUAGCUGCUAAAAAUAUUCCAUACGAAGAAAUAAAUGUCAAUCUCGUUGAAAAGCCCGAAUGGUAUUUAGAAAAGAAUGCACCUGGUCAAGUUCCAUCAUUAGAAUGGAUCGAAAGUGCUUCGAAAGAGACUCGAUUUGUUCCUGAAUCACUUGUUGUGAGUGAUUAUCUUGAUGAAAUCUAUCCGGAAGUUCGUUUACAUCCAACUGAUUCAUAUCUUAAAGCUCAACAACGUGUUUUAGUUGAACGAUUUAACAGUGUGCUAGGCCCAUUUUAUAAAGCUCUACGGUCACAGGGCAAAGAAGGUGUUGAAGAUUUAAAUAAAAAUUUUGAAACCUAUGAAAACGUACUUAACAAUACUUAUUUCGGCGGAUCACAAGCGGCAAUGAUUGAUUAUAUGUUAUGGCCAUGGUUUGAACGUUUACCAUUGUUGAAUGAAGUUGGUUAUCACUUUAAUGCUGACGGUCAAUUUCCUAAACUUGCCGCAUGGAUAAAAGCAAUGGAAGAAAAUGAAAAUGUGAAAAAAGUUAAAGUUCCGAUGGAAUUAACAAAAAAAUUCAUGCAAGGUUACGCACAAGGCAAACCAGAAUACGAUCUUGAAUAG